CUGGAUGGAUGUCAUGACAUUGAAGCUUCCAAAGAGCAGCUGGAGAUGGAGAGAUGUAACCUUGAAGCUGAGUAUAAGGAACACCAAGCGCUUCUGCAGAGCCUCCUGUCAGAAAGGGAUGAACUCUGCCAGUUGAACAGCGAGCAGCAGAUGAUAAUAGCUGACUGGUUGGAAAGGGAAAACGUGCCAAUGCCUGUGUGUACAAGGCGGAGUCGCCAUGGCUACCAGGACCAGCUAAAAAUUCUAGAGGACCUAAAGUUGCAGUGGCAGCGCAAAUCACAGCUCUACCAGCAGCAUGUUGAAGAACUCCGGCCCCGGUGCCAGGAGAAGAAGAAGCAGUGGGACUGUGAAUAUCAAGCCUUCAUCAUGAUGAUGCAAGAAGUAGUCGUUGCGGCUCUCGCCCGGCGGCUGGGGAAGCGGGCAGCUCUUGUUGAGGUGAAACGGCUCCUUGCAGCUGAGCAGAAGACGGAGAAUAAGCUCACUGCUGCAAAAAUACGGAACCUUGCGCUGCAGAUGAGGGUACAAAGCCGGGAAGAAUCUAUUAGAGAACUGGAGGAGAGGACAAAGUGUGAAAAACUGAAGUUUGAAAAUGAGAAUUAUAAGACUAUGAUCUUGGAGUAUGAAGAGGAGAUUAUUCGAAUAAAGAAAGGAAUUACCAGCACUAGAGAGUUCCAGUCACAUCUCAAGGAAACGAUCAACUUUGUGGAGCUGGAGAUCCAGGCCAAACUAGCCAAUCUGGCCAAGAUAAAGGCAAUGAUCGGCAACAAGCGGAAAGCUCUGGCAGGGGUAAUGAUAGCUAAAGACAAGCUGCGUGCAGACAAUCUGCGCCUGCACCAGCGCUGCAGCCUGCUGAGAAACAAGAAGCUGCUCCAGGAUUUUGAGAAGGUGAAGGAUGCAUGCGAGGACCUGCAGAGCCAAUUAGACAUUCUCAAGAGGCAGCAUGAAAAGCUCUCUGUCAAGUGUAGCACAGUAAAGAGCAAGCUGAAGCAGAGCAGGCCACUGCAGCAUUGUGUAUAACACGGUUGAACACACACGUGUACACGUAUAUGCACAUACAUGCUGUACGCUCUUUGUGCAGAGCUAAAAUAAAAACAGUACACUGUUAUAUUUGAAAUUAGUGCUGUGCCUUUUAUAUUUGAAAGUUGACAAAAUAUCUGAUAUAUGUGUGUUUGUGUGUGUGUGUCUGUCUGUGUGUGUAUAUGUUACUUUCCAGGGAAUAAAACUGUCUGUACAUGUUUAAAAAAUGUCAGAAUAAGAAGUCAGUAUAACUUUGGGAAGGAAGACUAUGUUCCAAACACAAGUCACUCGUUGUCUUCCAGUGAAUCAAAUAAACACAUCAGUAUAAUGGAUUGUAAUUGACAUGGUUUGCCAGAAUUGUACGUUUAGUAUUCAUCUUUGAAGAAUUACAUAACUUUUGCUCUCUUAGCCUUCAUCUUUAUUCAAGGCUUUAUGACUUAUCUUGGGAUAUGCAUCAAACCUUACCAAUGUACUGCUUGUCAGA